CUGUUGGGAAGCAGAUUCCAGCCGGCACUCUACCUCUAACAUCCUCCCUCCAACAUGAGCGAUGACGGGGAGAGACACUGGCCCGAAGAGCACUGGAGCCAGAGCCGGAGCCAGACAGGCCCCCAACGUGAAACCCAAACUCGGCCAGAAAGAGAAGAACAGCAAGGAGAUCCAGUGGAAGAGGGCGAGCACUCCGAAAGUGAGGCGAUCCAGGAGCAGCGACUCAGAGAGGGUGGAUAGAGGGAGGAGGAGAGAAAGAGACAGGCACCAGGGAGAGAGGAGGCAGCGCGGGAGGAGCGAGGAGGCCCGGAGACGAGACAGGAGAGAGGGGGACAGCGACCGGAGGAAGGUGAAGCCCCCUGAGGAUGAUGUGGAGGACACUGAGUGCGCUGUGUGCUUCUGCUCCUACGACAACGUCUUCAAGACCCCGAAGCUGCUGGCGUGCGGGCACACCUUCUGCCUGGAGUGCCUCGCUCGCAUCAACGUGACCUCCCCCGAGCUCAAGGCCCUGUCCUGCCCCGUGUGUCGUGAGCUGACUGAGCUCCCCCACGGCCAGGACCUGCCCCGCCUGGGCAACAAUGAGGGCAUCAUAGGCAAACUCCCACCCGACAUGCAGAGGGCACUGUCCAUCCGCUUCAAGCGCAGAAAGGGCAAACUGGUCCUGAAGAACCCACCUCCCACCAGCCCCACCAAGUCUACUGUCCUCGCCCUGCCCAAGAAGAGUCAGGAUGCGCAGGUGGCCGCAGGUGGUGACCUCCACCUGAGUGCGGUGGAGCAGGGGAUAGUGCCGGCCACCGUGGUGGACGUGGGCAGGCCUCCGAACAGGGUGAGAGGUCGCCUGCGCAGGUUGUUCCGCUCGGACCAGUGCUACUACGCCGUGGUGGCGUCCAUCAUCACCAUCACUGUGGCCCUCAUGCUGGUGGGGAUUCUGGCCUUUGUGAUCAUACCGAACGUGAUCCAGCGGAGGCCCGUUCCGACGCAGAACCAAACAUUCGCCGGUACCCAAGUAACCGGAGGUGGACUCACAACACCCUGAAGGGGGCAGGGACUAUCACGCAAAGACUUGUUGUGGUUCUCAGUGAUACUUGUGCCUCCCUUUUUUCCCUCUUGGUGAGUAAUGGUGAAGGAAGGAAACGAACUAAGCACUGGGAAACGUUCGAGCUGGUUCACCUGCAGUGACGUGAAGAAAUGAAGGAAAACAAGGACAGCAACAUUUUUUUAAACAUGGCACAGACGGACACAAACAGGGCAAACGCAUGUUUGGUUUUUUGUUUUUUUGUUACCUUUGUGUUCUUUUCUGAGCAUGUUUGUGAUUACUGUGAAAACCAGAAAAAGAUUCUGUGUGUAAAAACAAAAAGAAAAGAAAACUGCUCAUAAUGCUGAAUAAGCUGUAAAUGUUGAAAUGCACUAAAUCUUCUGAUUGCAUCAGUCUGAGCUCAAUAACCACUUCAGGGUUUCUAGAUCUCACAAAUUGUGUUUAUAGACCAGCUCACUGUACAUAGCCAGAGAUGAUUUAUAUAUUUGUAAAUAUUUUCUCUUUUCCCUUGUAAGAACCGACUUCCCCAUCGUAUCAUCAAAUAAAGGAUUGUUUGAGACACUGAAAACGCCUCCCUCAGGAUUUCCAAAACACGUGAUGACAAUUCUAUUUCAAUAAGAUAAUCUGGAUUUUUUUUUAAAUAUCAUUUGGAAAUUAAAUAAUGGCCAACUUGCUUUUUAACUGCUCUGAUUCCUGCUUCUAUAUAUUCUAUCUGAUUAUAGUAUAGUGAGACGUUCCUGUCCCUUUCCCUGAUGCACAUUUGUUGAGCCAGUUGCAGAAACCUGCACGUCUUCUCUAGACACCUGAUACCCUCUAGUGGUGUAAACAGACUAGUUGAAGAGGUUGGCUUGAAUACUGAGUUUCUCCUCAGCUGUGCCUCUUUGCUUUGAGGCAGACAAACCUGUUUGGCAACAUGAGGCUUUUAACCUUCUUAGCAUUUUUUCUGCAGCUCACUCAGGAGUGUCAGCUGUAAAGUUCUGACAAUGAGAGGAGAUACGGGAUCACCUGCAAACAUGCCAUCCAACUCUUUGACGUGGGGUUGUGGGGAGGACAAAACAAGUAAUUCACGAAAGUCUUCAACAAACACUACAGGAAUGACAGAAGAGAAAAAUGAGCCUUGUGAGAUUUUAAGCCUGUCCGACCUGCAGUCUUUUAGCAGCUGAGCGUUCAGUGGCUGCCUGAAGGAGAGUUAAGAAAUAAAAGCAGUAGGAUAAAAGUUGCAUAGAGACAUUUGGAAAAGUAAGAUGCUUUUAUAUAGAAACAACAAGACUACUGCACCUGCUACACCUGCAUACCCCCCAAAGACCAUUUUACACUAUACAACACUCCUACUCCACUAAAUCUCAGAGAGAAAUAUUGUACUUUGUAUUCCACUACAUUUGUUCAGAUCUUACAUAAAAAGCAUAAUAUGAGCCAAUCAGAUCGUGCCAAUACUACAGUGUAAACAUACUCCAUUACAAUGGAAAUCCUGCAUUCAUAAAGGUAAAAAAAUGAAGUAUCAAAGGUUGGUCCCCAUAUCUGUAUGUCACAUGAUUAGAUUGUUAAUACUGAUGCAUCAAUGAAUAUGCAGCAUUUUGUAGCUGUUACAGCUUUAUACAGUUUGGUGGUUUAGUCCAGUGGUUUCCAGCCUACGGGUCUGGCCCCUCCAAAAGGUCGCAGGCUGAAUCUGAGAGGUCGAGAGAUGAUCAGUGGUCCAGAAAGAAGAAAUGACAAAGUUGUGCUACACACAUUUGUAUUGUGUCUUUUCUUUUUUGUGUAAUAGUGGAGAUGCUGACUUCUUUCUUUCUUUGGGCCUCCGACAGGCAUUUAAAUGACACGUGAGGAGGAACUUUGUUUUGUGUUUGUUUGUGUUGUCACUAAUCAAAAAGGUUGCAAACCACUGGUUUCAUCUUUCACAAUAAGAUUUAUUUAUAAGCAUAAUCAAGUCUUUUUUAUUUUUUUUAAAUGUAAAAUCUGAAAAUUUAGCAGUAAAUUUGAACUAAAAAGUAAAAACAUUUCCCUCUGGACUGUGGUUGGUGUUACAGGAGAAAAUAGCAGAAAUCAAAAUGAAAAAGUAAAGUACCUCAGACCUGUACAGAAGGCCUACUUCAACAAAUGAACAUACAAUGUCAUCUCUUCAUAAAACAAGAUCUUUGUUACAGAUUUAACUAUUAACAGUAUAGAGUCAUUUAAAUGAACGCAACCAUGACCAGCCACAACAUUUAAAUACUGUUAUACAGAGGCCCGCUUAUAAUACUCUCCAAAUUAUGGCUACCAGGAUAGUUAUGAGUACUUUUUCCACCCAUGCCUAAAGACACACCCCCCUGAACCUCCCUUAAGGAGUAUCGAGGCAAAUAUGGUCGGGUGGACCAGACCAGAAAAGACCCCCACCCCCACCCCCACCCCAAAUCCACUCCUUACGCAAAUUAACCUUUAUACAUUAUGUGGGUUGUUUGGAUAGAGACUGAACAUCAGAAACUUUAGGAAGGGUCUGUUGUGGAUAUUAUCAACCACUAUGGCUUCCACUCCCUCCGCCUCUGCCUUGUCUGCUGUUCUCCGGUGUCGGGGGAACUUCUGGACCCGGAAUCCGCCGACCAAGCGGCCUGCCACCCCGGUGUACAGCCUCGGCCUGGCCGGCGGGGCAAUGCGUGACUCGCCAGUUGAGCGCAACCGGUCAAACCAGGCGUCGGCGUGGGAGGCUUUUCUCCGAGGAGAGCGUGCUGCGGUGGGAGGAAGACUGACUGUAGCGUAUAAGUCGCCCCAGGUCCGUGGUAAAAUGUUCAGAAAAAAAGAAUUUAGGGAAUUUAAUAAAUUCUAUUACCCAAAACGUUUGCAUUCCCCAGGGGACGCGCACUCCUCUGCGCCGUGUGUCCAAAACGCGCUGGUGCGUCAGCUGGCGCACAAACUGACACCUAACCUGCCUGGGAUAGAUCAAUGCUCUAAAAUCAUCCAAAUGAUCAAAUACGACACAUGUGUUGCACACAUCUGUACAAUAGCGUUUCUUAAGGAAAUCAGUGAAUUCCCGGCUGGCGUUUUGAAAGUGUCCAUAACGUCCCCAUGUUUUAUGGAAAACGCAGGACAAUUACCGUCUUUCGUCUUGACGGGCUGGUCAACUUUGAAGAGCACCUGCUUUUCUUUGACUGCUCUGGUGUCAGGAUUUCUGUUUUUGAAGCUGGCAGUGUUGUGGAAGUGCAGCAGCUGCUCUGGUGAUGCGCCAAAGCAUCUGCAGUGCCAACAGGAUGAGAACAUCAUCAACAACUAUCCCCUGCAGGCAAAUGGACAGAUCCACAGUCGCACCUCCUCCAAGGACAGUGGACAGAAGAUCACAGAGGACAGACCUGACUGAGAGAGCGUCCAAGGCCUCAGCACCAAACUGUGAUCCAACAUUAUUUAUUGAUCUUUACUUGGCUUUCACAAUACACAACAUCUGGACUUCAACCCAGUGAUAGCCUCAAAGAUUGAUGGUUGUUUUCAGGGUAUUUCUUUUUGCUGUUGCUUUAGUAUGUAAGAGUAAUACUGUAAGAAAUCAGCUGUACUGAAUGUAGUCUCACAUUUUACUUAAGCCAGUUCAGAAAUGUCAUGUAUAUUGUGGAAUAUAUUGUGGAAUAAAAUUUCCUUUUGGAAGGAUAUAAACUUUCACAAAAGGUAAAUAUUCAAAUCAAGUCUGAGUAAAAACUGUAAAACAAAAUGUGCUUAUUCUUGUCUUAAACUGUUAAAUGUGUUGGCCUAAAAAUAUAGAGCCUAAUAAAUAUCCAGUGCCAGUGCAA